UUCAUCCACUAUAACCCACACAACUGGCAAUUCAUUCAUUUGUGAUUCAUUCACAUAACAUAAACAUAAAAGAGAGUGAGUCAGGACAAAACCAGUCUAGGAUUUGAGUCCGAUUCUCUUUUGGUUUUUUCUACAAACACCUUCCCUACAAUCCUUAGCUACUUAGUUGUAACUACCAUAAAUAGAGGCACAUCACCAUUUCACCUUCCCCUACUAUUAAUUACCUCUCUUGCUCAUAAAACCCCCCCACUCUACUGGCCUUGAUAGUAAACUAAAAUCAUGAAUGUGUUGGCCUCAGAAUGCAGUAGUGGUGAAUCUGGUUGGACUUUCUACUUGGAACAAUCUUUUCUUUCUCCAAAUAAUCAAUUUGUUGAUGCCAAGAGUGGGUUUUGUCAUGAUUUUGAUGACCAACAAAGAGGCAGGAGGAACAGGCUGUGUGUAGAAGGAGCAGCAGAGGAGGAGGAGGAGGAGGACUUGUCUAUGGUCUCUGAUGCAUCUUCUGGGCCACCUCAUGUUAAUGAAGAUGAUAGUGGGUGCUUCUAUAAUUCAUUUAAAGCUCCUACAUUGUCCAGUAAUGGUGGGAAAAAGAAGCAGAAAAUGAAGGAACGACGACGUAUUGACCACAAUCAAGAACCACCUUCUUCUUAUAAUCUUGAUGAUACUGCUAGUUCUCCUGCAUUCAACUUCUCCAAGAGCAAUUUUGGUGUCACAAACAACAAUCAAGCUUCAAUGGAGAGUGUCUUGGACUACUCACAAGGGUUUUCAGCAACUCAUUUUGAGGGGAGAUCUGCAUACCAAGACCACCAGUAUGGUUUCACAAAUCCUUCUUGGUCUGGAAACCAACUUCAUCACAAUAACCAGUGGUUUUGAAUUCCACCAGCUCCUGCAGUUGUUCAAGUAAAGAAGGUAAGUAGAUCUCAAAAUAGGAUUCUAUUCCCUUUUCUUUUCUUUUCUUUUCUUUUUUCUUUCUUGGUUUUCCUUCUCCUGUCAAUUUAGUGGGAAACAACAACCUGAGAAGAAAGGGAAAAAAAAAAGUUGGUAAUAAAUUCCUUGUUUCUGUCAAAAUUAAUUUCUCUUGCUGCUAAUGAAAAGUGGCAGAAACAAAGGCAGCUCUCUCUCUCACUAUAUGUGCA